AUGGGCAACACACUUUCAGCCUACAAGGAAACUCCCCACGAGAUCGACCUGGGGUCCAAGGGGAAGAUCAGAGGCAUCCAGUAUGACAACAAAGCCCGAAGAUAUGCCGGAGUUCCCUAUGCGCUGCCUCCCGUCGGCGCUCAUCGCUGGCGCAAGCCCCGCCCAUUACCCGCAAGACACAGCUAUUCUCAACCCGACGGCACUGCUUUCGACGCGUCCUAUUUCCGCCCAGUGUGCCCUCAAGUGGCAUUCUCUCGAGGAGCCGAGAAAGAUGUCGGCGUGGAAGCAUAUAGCGAAGACUGCUUACUAUUGAACAUCUGGACACCCGUUGAAGACCCUGGCGCCAAGUCCGACAAGAAAUGGCCCGUCGUGUUGUGGCUCCAUGGUGGCUGGUUCCAGCUUGGUGAACCCUUGCAAGAGGUUGGCAUGAAUCCAACCGAACUCAUCUCCACGGGAAAACUGAACGCCAUCGUGAUUGGAAUUGGAUAUCGACUGAAUGUUUUUGGAUUCCUCGCCGGAGAGGCCUUGCUGGAAGACAGUCAUGGCGAGAGUGCGGGCAAUUUUGGACUGUGGGACCAGCGGCUCGCGAUGGAGUGGGUCUACGAGAACAUCGCAGCUUUCAACGGAGAUUUGAACAACAUCACACUCGGUGGUCGCAGUGCCGGUGCAUAUGGAACACAUGCGCAGGUGCUUUAUGACUUCCGGCAAGAGUCUCAGCUAUUCCACCGGUUUUACAUGUACUCGAAUGCGAUUCCAGCUCAACCGAAAGCCCUUGCCGAUGUCAAUCCUCAGUUCGAUGAGUUUUGUGAAUACUUCAAGGUCCCCGGUGACCUUUCAGGGCCAGAGAAAGUGGACAAGCUGCGUGAAGUUGAUUAUAAAGACCUUGUCGCAGCCAUGAGCCACCUUAAAAAUCAUACCUUCCGACCUGUUACGGACGAUUUGUUCAUCUUCCAGGGAUUCACUCAGUAUCAUCACAGCGGUGCUUUUGCGGAAGAAUUCAAACAGCGGCGUCUUCGCAUUCUGAUCGGUGAAGUUUUGAAUGAGGAGACUCUUUACGCGACAUACAACAGUCCCGAGCCCAACCUUGAGUCGCUGAGACUCCAGGUAUCGAACUAUUACGCCCCAGAGACUGCGGACCGGGUAAUCAAGGAAUACCAACUCCCUUCGACCGGUGACCCAAGUGAAUGGAAGACGCUCUUUGGAAAGAUCAUCUCCGACGGCCAAGUCCGAGCACCUUCUCGAUGGUUGAUACACAAUCUGAGUACUCAUGGAGUCGCUCUGCGGGAUAUUUGGCGCUACAGAAUUGCAUACAGACUAUCUUUCAUCACAGAAAAGGUAGCACCUCUUUUCUUUGGUGUGGCCCAUGCCAUGGACAAGCCAUUCUGGAACUUCUCGAUCUUGCAUGGCCCGACUACGGCUGAGAGAAAAUUAAUGGAGGAUUGGAUUGAGCAAUUUGUCGCCUUUGUGAAUGACAAUCAAGCGUAUGAAUUCGGUACGAGUGCGAUCGAUGAGAUGAAGGUAGCCGCGCCUGAUGGUACUAUUGAGGUACAAAAGGACCGACGCUGGGAGAGCUUGGUCAAGUUAGGCGAGGUGUUCGCAAAUGAUGUUUGA